UCGCCCGCCGCCGCCGCCGCCGCCCGCGCCAUGGGCUCCCUGCUCAGCCGCCGCAUCGCCGGCGUCGAGGACAUCGACAUCCAGGCCAACUCGGCCUACCGCUACCCGCCCAAGUCCGGGAACUACUUUGCCAGUCACUUUUUCAUGGGGGGCGAGAAGUUUGACACCCCACAUCCUGAGGGGUACCUUUUUGGGGAGAACAUGGAUUUGAACUUCCUUGGCAAUAGGCCCGUCCAGUUUCCUUACGUAACGCCAGCACCCCACGAGCCGGUGAAGACGCUGCGAAGCCUGGUGAACAUCCGUAAGGACUCCCUCCGCCUGGUCAGGUACAAAGAAGACCUGGACAGCCCCACGGAGGAGAGCGGGAGGCAGAAGGCCCUGUACAGCCUCGAGUUCACCUUCGACGCGGAUGCGCGGGUGGCCAUCACCAUCUACUGCCAAGCCGCGGAGGAGUUCGUCAGCGGCAUGGCCGUCUACAGCACGAAGAACCCCUCCCUGCAGUCGGAGACGGUGCACUACAAGCGAGGCGUCAGCCAGCAGUUCUCGCUGCCGUCUUUCAAGAUCGAUUUCUCCACCUGGAAGGAUGACGAGCUGAACUUCGACCUGGACCGAGGCACCUUCCCCGUGGUCAUCCAGGCUGUGGUCGACGAGGGCGACGUUGUCGUGGAAGUGACUGGCCAUGCCCACAUCCUCCUGGCCGCCUUCGAGAAGCACGUCGACGGCAGCUUCUCCGUGAAGCCCCUGAAGCAGAAGCAGAUUGUGGACCGAGUCAGUUACUUGCUGCAGGAGAUUUACGGCAUUGAGAACAAGAACAACCAAGAGACGAAGACGUGUGACGACGAGAACAGCGACAACAGCAGCGAGUGCGUGGUGUGCCUCUCCGACCUGCGGGACACGCUCAUCCUGCCCUGCAGGCACCUCUGCCUGUGCAACUCCUGCGCCGACACGCUGCGCUACCAGGCCAGCAACUGCCCCAUCUGCCGGCUGCCUUUCCGGGCCCUGCUGCAGAUCCGGGCCGUGCGGAAGAAGCCGGGGGCCCUGUCCCCACUCUCCUUCAGCCCCGUCUUGGCGCAGACCCUCGACCAGGACGAGCAUUCGUGCUCGGACAACAUUCCCCCGGGCUACGAGCCCAUCUCCCUGCUGGAGGCGCUGAACGGCCUGCGCUCGGUCUCCCCCUCCAUCCCCUCGGCUCCGCUCUACGACGAGGUCACCUACACGGGCGUCCUGGACGGGCUCCCGCUGUCCGGCAGGCCCCUGGUGGGGCUGGAUCGCGCCGUGGAGGGCAGCCACCCGAAGGGCAAGCGCAGCAAGUCCCCCGACAGCACCCUCCGGUCCCCCUCGUCGCCCAUCCGCGAAGAGGACGAGGAGAAGCUCUCGCAGGACUCUGACCUGCAGCCCCCGCUGACGGGGGCAGAGUUCGCGCUCUGCGAGGGCAGCUCUCCGGAGAGUCUGACAGCAGAAGAAGCCGAGGUGCUGCCCUCGCCGCAGCCCGGUGGCCAGCUGUCCUCCGUCGGGGACAUUGUCCAGGGGAGCAGCACCAGCAGCCCCUGCGAGUCCAAGAGCCCCCCCAAGCCAGAGAGCGAGCUGCCCGCCGACGUCUACCUGCCAGCCGCCGGCCUGCACGCCUGCUCUGUGGGGACGGAAGAGGCGGGCUCUUCCGACUUCGCCGGCACGCUGCUGAGCCGCGGAGGCAGCCGCCCCGGGCAGCCCUUCCUCUUCGGCCAGGCCCACCUCUGCCUGGAAAGCGGGCAGAGCCCCUCCUGAGCACGUGGCUCGGGGCCACAGCCACCGCGGCCUUGGCGGCCUCCGGCGUGCUCCCCGGCAGCUGGACUGCAAGAAGCGCCCCCCCCCGUGAGAGAUCCCUCCUGGAAGCAGGUGGCAUGAAGCAAGACGGACGCCGAGGCUCCCCCUUCGCCGGGCUCCGGCUCGGCCCCCGAAGGACGGACUCGCCCCUCUGUACAGAUCUGCAUGUUUCUGCCAAGCCCCCCCCCCAUCACUGCCACCACACCUGUCCCUGCACCAGGCCUGUGAGAAGGGUGGCCCCCACACGCCCCCCAGCCCUCCCCGGGGCUUCGACGUUUGGGCAGCUUCUCUGCCCUUCCGCCCGGCCCCACAGUCCUUCCUCCUCUCGCGCAGGGGCUUGCACCACGGGCUCACCCCCCACCCUCUGCAGCUGCACCCCAAGAGGAAGGACCCCCCCGGCCCACAUCCAGCACCGUUCCCGCCAGGGACACGCAGGUGGGGGGCGGCGUGGGGGGGGCGGAGCCGAGGCUGGAGGGCCGCCGUGGCCCGCUGCCACCUCCUGGCCCCCUCUGCUUCCCGCCCUCUGCCGGGGCCCCCCCGGGGGCCACCCCGACGCUCCUGCCCCGGCCUUGUCUGCAGCACGGCGGUUCCCCUCCCCUCAGCAGCGCCCCCAGGACUGCCGGGCGACCCGCCUGCGAGUGGCUCUUCCGGCCACAGAUCCAGGCACGCCAACCGCUCCCCAGCCAGGGAGGGGGGCCGCAGGGUGGGAUGGGGCUGGCUGUGGCGGGGAAGAGAAGCCAAGCCGGGAGACGCUGGUCUCCCGUCGUCAUUCCGUGGUGUGGGACUGGGCCUGAGCCACCCUGUGCCUUGCUCUCGCUCACCGGUCGGCAGGGUGUCCCCUCGGCCCCCUCCCCGGGGACCCCCCCCCCGGCUUGCUGCAGGAGGCUUGCUGACUGCCAGCUGCUCCCUGCAGCGCCGGUCUCGCCCCACCUGGCAGGCAGAGCCGGCUGCUUGUCCCCACUGGGCCUCCGUGCUCCCCUCUCCAUCUGUCUGGGGCGGCUGGGCCUUGGGGAAGGGGCCGGGGGGCUCGCCCUCCUGGCCCGGCUGCACAGCCACCGCCAGCACCCGGGCCUGCCCUCGGGGCACGCCCCUGCCCUGCCCUGCCCGCCCUCCACUGCGGGGGGCAGGGGCCGGCCGGCCGCUCCCUGGAUGCCAAGCGGGGCGUGCGGAGCGCCCCCUCGGCCCCCAUGCCGCCUGUGGGGCCGGCGCCGACCUGCCUUACACGGCUGGUGCCAGGAUCACUUUGGUGACGCGUGUGUUCUCUGAGCAUUCGAAAUGUUCCGCAUAAAUACUAGUUGUCGUA